AUGUCCAACAAGGUAAAGUUAGAAUCAUCAGACAAGCAAAUCUUCGAAGUCGAAAAGGAGAUUGCCAACAUGUUCACUGCUAUCAAGAAUCUCCUCGAAGAUAUCGGUGAAGAUGCCACAGAAAUCCCACUCCCAAAUGUCAGCUCAACCAUCUUGGCCAAGGUUAUUGAAUGGUGCAAGUACCAUCUCGAACAUCCAAAGCCAGAUGAGAAGCGCGAUCCAAAGGAAAUCUACGAAUACAUCUGGGACAAGGAGUUCGUCAAGGCCCUCGACCAUACUACUCUCUUUGAGUUGAUCCUCGCUGCCAACUAUCUCGAUAUCAAGGGUCUCUUGGACGUUACCUGCAAGACUGUCGCCAACAUGAUCCGUGCCAAGACCCCAGAAGAAAUCAAGGCUUACUUUGGUUUGACUCAAGAUUUUACUCCAGAAGAAGAAGAAAUGAUUAGAAACGAAAAUGAAUGGUGUGAGAUCAGAGAAUAA